AUGUCCGCACCCCCAUGGCUGCUGCGGUUACUGUCAGUUGCAGUCCUUGUGAGUGCCGACCGCAGCUUGAGUUUGGACGCAGACCCCUCUUCCAACAAUAAGCUGGACCAGCAAAUUAAGAAGCUGACUGGUGAAUGCCGCAAAGAGAUUCAAGGCCUCGUGACCGAUCUCAUGAGUCUGUGUCGCAAGACUCAAGCUUCCGAUUGUGAAUCGCAAAUCUAUGACUUGUUUCUCGCAGAUUUGGCGCUGGCCCAGGAAGGCCGGUGGCUUGCACGAGCAGCCAGAUCUGAGAAGGACGCAAUGUUAUGGGCUGGGUUUUGGAGUGGGCCUGGAGCAGAGGCAAACCGCACCACCAAGGAAGCGCUCUUCAACUUUGCUGACCUGAUGAACACGAGCACGGUUCACCCCAUGACACAACUUGGUCAGAUUGUUGAGGACAACGGGGUUCUACAAAGCUGCGGCAGGGACCAGGCCGCGAUGGAGCCCCUGGAAGUCAGGGACAAUGGUUUGCUGUCCAACUUCUGGACCAUGGCCAGCAAGGCAUUCGUAAAGAGCAUGGCGUGGAAGAAGCAGAGCAGCAUCGUCGUGCUUGUCAAUAAGGACACCAGCCCAAACGCGGAGCGCAACCUCUACGACUCGGUACUUUGGAAGUAUGAGCUGCCCAGGAUUGCCUUUGAAGUCGCCACCUCGGCCUCCGCCGCACCCGUUUCGUUCGGGCACAGACCUCCAUGGAGACCCCAACUGGCCCUGGUGGACUUGCGUGGAAGAUGCGAUGUCUUGCUGGAGAAGAUGCGACACCAAGCCACCAGUUCGGAGGAGGUCGGCUUUGCAAUGAUGAGCGCCGAGAAGCGAACGCGUGUUAUCCAGCGAUGGCUAAAGGAUCGUGUCACGUGCCUUCCUUGCGUCUCGCCGUGCAAGUUGAACGAAGAGUUCGCGGAAGCGUUGCGGGAGAAGCUCACAGAAACACCGAGCAUCAUGAGGAGAGUGUUUUCUUGGAUGCGCUAG